UCCCAACAACAGCAGAAGAAUUUCAUAAUCGGAAGUUUUCUACGAUUGCUCUAAGUGGACCAGUGGGAUUUUGGAAAGUGCUUUUGCCACUGUCGGAUACUCUUCAAUAUUCGCAUUGAGAAAGUGUGCUGAAGGAAAACUUUGCAACCAAAUUGAAGUUUUUUUUUUCUUUGGAGUGUCCGGUCAGUUCGUCUAUUGGAUACGAGAAACAUCAUUGCCGGGAAGUUUGCUGAAAUUGCUGAUCACGCGUGUGAGAGAUACAUCGAUGGUUCAUUGCCGAAGCGAAACGUGGCCCGAAUAAUCAAGUGCGCUGUUGUCUUCGAAAUCUCAGCCCUGGGCCAGUGUCCCGCAGUUCAUCUUUUAUCCGCGAACAUUCCACCGAAUAAACAAAGCAGUGCAAAAACGAGAAAGCCGUUCGCCGAAAACUAAUUAAUUUCGUGAAAGUUUGUUCAAGAAAACGGAAAACUAGGUCCCCUCGAGAAGCGGUUGCCGUUGUUGGGGAAAAUUUGGAUGAGAAAUAAUUCGAGUGUUUGAGUCAGUGCAGUGAAGAAAAUUCAAAACCAACCAGCGAACGGCAAGAAGCAAAAUGGCCCACUUGAAGAGUUGUUAUGUUUGGUUGUUGUUUUUAGUGAUUUGCUCCGUGGUGGUGGGUGUUUACUCGGAUAUGACCGCCACGACGACGGAGACGGUGCCCGCCAGUAUCGGUAUCACCGGGAUAAGCAUGGAGAUGAUUGCUGCAAGUGAAGGUGCAACGCGGAUGGAGCCGGUGGUGUCAGAAAUUCCUUCUUCCACUGCACUCAGCGAGUCGUCAAGUGUCGUUGUCACGAGUGGCACGACGGACUCGAUGGAAGGGCUCACAGUUGGUUACGCGGUUGAAGCGAGUAGCGAUGCAUCAGUUGGAAUGUUGGAGGAGGCCGUCGAAGAAGUGAAGAAGGGAGAUAUCGAGUUGGAAAGUGAAACUCCUGUUAUAAGUUUCGGAAUUCGUUCGUUCACAGUUGAAGUGGGCACUGGGACGGAACGGUCUAGCGAUGAGCCGGUGCUUAUGAAUGCAACCCAGCCGGAAAAUGCUACUCAGCAGAGCGAUGAAAGUGCCACCACCACUCAAGUGAAUUUCUCCAGCGAGUCGUCGGCUGACAUUGCGACUACUGCCACGAUGGAAGAGACAAUUUCCACUGUCAGAGCCAUUGAAGUAAGUCAUGCGGAAAGCACGCCUGGCAAGAAUCCAAUUCAGGAAUUGACAAGUGACGCCGGACAAACUGUGGUUACUAUCAAUACCAAGCUCACCCACGAGAAGCCCAUCAAUAUGGAUGACUCUGGCGAAGAGCAGCAUCUUUCUAAUGAAAUACGCGUCGAAAAGAAGAAUGGUCUCUAUAGAAUCAAAAUAGCGGAAAUCACAACGGAUGAGUUCGAUAAUGGAUUGCACGAAAGUGAUAAUGAGAAUAUUCUGAUGCCAGCUGACAUCGUGGCUGCUCCCAAGUCUGUUUAUCCGAGUAAAAUUAAUAUUGACGAUUUUUAUCCAUCCAAAUUGGAAGACUUUAAACCUAUGACUAGCGGAGGAAAUUCUGUUCAGGGUCAGGAGGCGACACAGGAAAAGAUACUGCGCGAGAAAGCAAUUCUGAGGAACGAGGAUAAUGAGAAACUUUUCGAAUCAACAAUCAUGAAACCAUCCGAAGUUUUGCCCGUAAUUGACAGCCAAACUGAUAGCUCCGAUGAAAAUCGUAGUGAGGGUGACAAAAAGGGACAGGAUAACAACGGUGAUAUUUCCACCACCAAGAUUGAGAUUGAACUAAUCGAUGAUACCUCGGAAACUUCCACUAGCGACGAACGGAAAUCUAUCGACAACAUCACCGAGAAAUUGGAGGAAAACGACGAAGUAAUUAGCAGAAUCGAGGAAAAUUUUAAAGGUUACAAAACUUUUGAUCUUCCAGAGGAGGAAUUCCACGAGGAACCUACCCCACGAAAGAAAGACGAUGAAGUUAUUACCAUUGCCAUAUCGUCGGUGACAUUUUCAUCGUCGCAGCAAUUAUCCACACAAACGCCACCUACCCUGACACCAAUUGCAGGAACCACUACUCAAUCCGCACAGGAAGAGGUCCCGAUCCCCGUCAGUGGCAGUGACAUUGUCAAAGCGAAUUACGGCAAUUUGUUCAUUCCGAGGCGAGUGAAGAAAAAUGAUCCCACCACAGCCAAGCUGAACGUGUUCAACUCGGCUCCUCUGAAGAAGAUUGAUUUCGCCAAUACAAAAUUCAACACAGACAACAAUGGUCCGUCCCAUGAUCCCAAAGAUGCCAACAAAAAGGACAAACCAGAAUUUUCCACAACCAAGUUCUACAACAGCAAAGAGCUGUACAGCGAGCUACACCACCAGAUGAUGAAUGAUAGCGACCAUCGUCAUCCGAACCGCAAUUCCCCGGUCGUCCCGAAGAAAACCACCGCCGUUGUGUCGGAAAAGGACAUCCUAACCGCCAAAACUCUCUCCAAACCGGGCGCCCAGGCUCAAUCAACAGUAACCACCAAAAAAGCGCCACCGAAAUCUGUCAGCCCAACAAACGUGCCGCCCAUUCGCCCCGAAUCCAACAUCAAAAAGCAACUCCUCCAGACAAACUUUAUCCCGCGCGAGGACUCGCCUCACGAGCAAGCGACCACUAAACCGCACGUCACCUUCGAGAGCACGUCUGUCAACCGAGCUCUCCACCCGCAAGACCAGCAGAAGAAGAUAAAAAGCCUCGGCGCUGCUGCGUCUGCCAUUAUCGCCGCCACCACCAAGCUCACCAAGGACAGCAGUAAGGCCACGUCCGCUCGCAGCACACCUGCGGCCAACCUACGUAAACCGCAACCGACGUUACCGUCCUCGGGACCCAACGGCAGUGGUGCGCUCAGCGGUGAAAAUUUAUUCACAAGGCCGGCCAUAAUUCCGCUAUCCCGGCUGCAGGAGAAAAUUAAUACGCUCGAUUGCGACAUCCAGGCCGUCUCGCCCGAUUCGUCCAUCUGGCGCGGCAACGAGACGCACGAUCUCAAUCUGCCCAUUACGACGCCAGAGGACUGCUCGGCCGGAUCCAGCUGCAUCCCGACCACAAUCUCGUGGGAAGGCACCGCCGACAUCCAGUCCGGGGACGUGUUGAUUGUGGAGAUUGACGAUAAGCACUUAAUUCCGUCCAAUUAUAACAAGACCGGAGAAAGUGCCCAUCACACGACGACGGCAGUCUACCAGGUGACACGGCUCGGGCACGAGAACUGCGACAUCACCGAGGGCGUCCUGCUCGACAUCACCCCGCUGGUCGUGGACGGCAAGAAGCUGGUCACCCUGUACGAUAAAGACCUGACUGAAGGAAUUAAUCUGCUAAUUGUGGUUUCCGAGCAGUGGGGUCAUCAGUGCGUGCGUCUCAAAGUGACCGUCAAGUCAGACAAUUGCGGUGAAAAUGCUGAGUGUUCCGGAAAAGGUGUAUGCUUCUCCAACAAUUCGAUGGAGGGCUACGAGUGUCAGUGCUGCAGUGGCUUCGCCGGGUCGCAUUGCGAGGAAAUCGAUGCCUGCACACCAUCUCCCUGCACGAACAACGGAAUCUGCGUGGAUCUUUCCCAGGGCCACGAAGGAAAUGCCUACCAGUGCUUGUGCCCCUACGGUUACACCGGCAAGAACUGCCAAUUCGAAUCGGAUCCCUGUAAUCCAUCGCAGUGUUUGAAUGGAGGCACAUGUGUCGGAAACUCGACCCAUUUCAGAUGCGAUUGUACUUCGGGCUAUACCGGGCCGCUCUGUCAGCACAAUCUCAACGAGUGCGAGUCCUCGCCGUGUGUGCACGGAAUCUGUGUCGACCAGGAGGACGGAUUCCGGUGCUUUUGUCAACCAGGGUUUUCCGGGGAGCUGUGCAACUUCGAGUACAACGAGUGCGAGUCCAAUCCGUGCAUCAACGGCGGUCAGUGCAUCGACAACAUUGGUGGCUUUUCGUGCAAAUGCACUCGCGGCUACACGGGAAAGCGUUGUCACAUCAAGGUGGACUUUUGCGCCAAUGACCCGUGCCCGGAUGGUCAUCGCUGCAUAGACCACGGUGAUGACUUCACCUGCGAGUGUCCGGGAGGCCGCAACGGACCGGACUGCAAUCAAGUUCCCCGAACGUUGUGCAAUGUGAACCCAUGCGCAAACGGAGGGACCUGCUGGACCACCGAGGAAUCGUUCUACUGUGCAUGCCGACCAGGAUUCACCGGGAAAAUGUGCGAAGAAAAUUUCGUAAUCGACUCGGUUGUCAGCUCGAGCGAAAUGCUGUCGGACAGUCUGGGCCAAAACGGUGGUCAUAGCGCUCUGCACGUGGACGGCGGUAGCACCCUCUAUGGCGAAUCGGAGAACCACAUCGGCAAGCGGGGCAGUGCCAUUGAACUGCACAACGCGUACAUCGCCGCGGGAACGUUAGUGGCUGCCAUUCUCAUCGUGGCCAUUGUGGUGACCGCAUGCCACUGCAAGGUGCACCAGAGCUAUCGCUACUUCGCCACCAAGCACCGCCAGCUGAUACCGAUCUUUGGCCGCAAAACGAAAGCGUCCACCGCCAACCGGCACUGGCUGAGCGGAAAGGGACACCAGCAAGCCACCGCCGGCCACAGCAACCUGAACUACAGCUACGCCCACCAACAUCCGAACUCGUACAGCCUGCAGCCGGAGCGAAUAAUCAACAAGCCGCUGCAGAUGAAUCUGGAGAACGACAUGUACUACACGGUGGACUUUGGCGAGUCGCAGAACGCACCAUUGAUACAGUAAAGUAGCGCCGACGGGGUCCACCGAUGGUCGGUGGACGGAGGGGACGUGGGGGAACCGUUUGGAAAAUUCUAAUUUCGUCGUUCAGUUCUAUUCGGGCGCUUUUCUAGUAGGAUAUUUACGAAAGGAUUUAAGGUUACGUGAAAAUGAUAACAUAAGAGAACAUAAAUUAGCCAAAGAAAGAUAGCCAAGAAUCUCGAUUUAAUUGGAACCGGACAUCUGACAAACCAAGCAUCGCAACCCAACAGACAGUAUAAAUAUAGUAGAGAAGAGCUGAACAGCGUAAGUUUACGGUCAUUCAACAUUCAUUGUAAAAAAUAAAGACGCAAAGCGAAAUAAGCAAAGUCAGAUAAACCGCAAAGCAAGAAAAAAAAGAACUGUCGGAUGGGAAUGAAACAGCCGAUUUUAGAUUUCCGCACACGAUUCUAUUCAGUGCCACUACCACCACCACCGUACUCCAACGAUUUGAUCCGGCCAGCUUAAUUGAUUUUUUUUCUUCUCGGAAAAGACUUUUUUCUCCGGUUUGCCACCUUUAGACACGAAACCAUCUCUUCAUAGGAAAACGAGAAAACCAUUUCAUUGGAUUGUUGGCUCAUUUUGGUGCUUGGCAGCAAGCCUACCCAUGGAGGAGGAAAUUGUGCUAAGCGAACCCCUCUAUUCGAGAAAACAUGAUAAUACCUUCGAUGCUCUGUAUACGAUAGUUGUCGGAAGUACUGGUGGAAAUAUUAUCAAUGGAUGCUUAACAUUGCCAAAUAUCACGAUUGAGGCGUUUUGCAACACUUUCUCCAAACUUGACAACGCCGUUACUUCUGCAAACCAAAGGCUGGAUCGGAAAUUAAAGAUUAUUAUCGCAGUGUGCCGGGCUGGAGUUUUCGAAUCCGGUAGCUUCACA